CAUCCUUAUCCUUGCCCCUGACUAAAAAAUAGUACCAUAUGCACGUUAACAAAUUAAGCUAUUAUUCGUGUAGUGAAACAAUGGUUUAUCCUUUUUGUGUAUUUCAACAGCAAUUGCGGGACCGUUAAAUCCUCAGUGCGCCUGUGGACUAUCCGCUGCUGAUGCGCGGACUGGCGGAGUGAUACCGGCUUGGACUGGGUCCUCCCGGUUGUCAAAUCAUGGGAGUGUACCUGCCUGGGCCAACAUGUCGUUAGUUAGGAGAUGAAUACUGAAAUUAGAGUUAAUAGCGUCUUUGUGGUAAUGUGAUGCCAGAACUUCCUGCGUCGUGCAGACGAAGGGGACCAUUCUUAUCGCUGUGGAAGGCUUUCAUCUGAAUCUGUGUUUUCUUUGCGCACAAGAUCGUCACUAAUGAUGGAUAAAACACCAGUACUCAGCCACUGGGCUUGAGCUGCUCGUGAGCUGCUCUCAGGGUGUCCGGCGUGCGGCAUGCGUUCUCCCUGAGCGGCACAGCUCCCCCCGGAGGCGCCAGGAUGCCGGUGCAGGCGGCCCAGUGGACAGAGUUCCUGUCCUGCCCCAUCUGCUACAAUGAGUUUGACGGCAGCAGCCACAAGCCCAUCAGCCUGGGCUGCUCGCACACCGUCUGCAAAACGUGCCUACACAAGCUGCACCGCAAGGCCUGCCCCUUCGACCAGACCGCCAUCAGCACCGACAUCGACCUGCUGCCCGUCAACAGAGCCCUGCUGCAGCUCGUCGGUGCACAGGUCCCUGAUGGUCCAAACGUGUCCUUGAGCAGUGCAGUGGACAGUGAGCACUAUGAAGUGUGCAGGGCCUGUGUGGAGGAACUGGCCCUCUACCUGAAACCCAUCAGUGGAGGUAAAGGCGUGGCGACGCUGAGCCCGAGUGCCCUCAGCCGGCCCAUGCAGCGGAAGCUGGUGACGCUGGUCAACUGCCAGCUGGUGGAGGAGGAGGGUCGCGUUCGGGCCGUACGGGCCGGCCGCUCCCUGGGUGAGCGCACCGUCACCGAGCUCAUCCUUCAGCACCAGAACCCUCAGCAGCUCUCCGCCAACCUGUGGGCCGCCGUCCGCGCCCGCGGGUGCCAGUUCCUCGGACCAGCCAUGCAGGAGGACGCUCUGAAGCUGGUUCUGCUGGCCUUGGAGGAUGGCUCGGCUCUGUCCCGGAAGGUUCUGGUUCUGUUUGUGGUCCAGAAGCUGGAGGCUCGCUUCCCCCAGGCGUCCAAGACCAGCAUCGGCCAUGUUGUGCAGCUCCUCUACCGGGCCUCCUGUUUUAAGGUUACCAAGCGGGAUGAGGACUCGUCGCUCAUGCAGCUGAAGGAGGAGUUCCGCACCUACGAGGCACUUCGACGUGAACAUGACGCCCAGAUCGUCCACAUCGCCAUGGAGGCCGGGCUCCGCAUCUCCCCCGAGCAGUGGUCCUCGCUGCUGUAUGGAGACCUGGUUCACAAGUCCCACAUGCAGUCCAUUAUCGACAAGCUGCAGUCGCCCGAGUCGUUUGCAAAGAGUGUCCAGGAGCUGACGAUCGUGCUGCAGAGGACGGGGGACCCGGCCAACCUGAACAGCCUGAGACCACACCUGGAACUCCUGGCCAACAUAGACCACAAUGCAGAUGCUGCACCUCCAACCUGGGAGGAGUUGGAGAGUGUAAUGUUGGCUGUGAAAGUAGUAGUCCAUGGACUGGUAGAGUUCAUCCAGAACUUCAGCAAGAAAAGUCACGAAACGCCCCAGCCACAGCCGAACAGCAAGUACAAGACUAGCAUGUGCAGAGACCUACGGCAGCAGGGGGGCUGCCCACGAGGGUCCAACUGCACUUUUGCCCAUACUCAGGACGAACUAGAGAAUCCUCUCUCCUCUUUGCCCAGGUACAGAAUGAGGAACAAGAAGCUCAGUGGGGCCUCCCGCCCCUUCCUGCUCCCCCAGGGGGUUAUGGGUAAAGCGCCCAACUGUAAGGGGGGUAUCCAGACGGGCGAGCCCUCUCUGGGGUGUCUGAAGGGCCCAGAGAAGGACACGCAGGCCCCUGACGGCCACUCGCCCACGCAGCUCAUCCCCCGCGGUGCAGAUGCACUGGAUGACCUGAAGAGGACGCUACCCAAUGGUGCCAACACACUCUCACAGUCCUCCUCCAUUAACCUAGAGCAAAAGACUGUUUCACCUCCAAAGACGCCCGUCAGCCAGACUCAAGCCUUACUCUUGUCUCCCAACGCCACAGCCCAUGAGAUGGGCGGCGGGGCCUCUCCCAAGUCUGCCCACUUCCUGUUGAGGGGACACCCCGAGCUCUACUACCAGGACCAGCGGUCCCCUACGUGUGACGUGCCCCCCUUCCAGACAGCCAGUAAUUACUAUACGUCCUCCGGCCUCCCCUCCAAACCCUGUGUGGCUCGUUUCCUGCGCUCUGGCAACGUAGCCGAGUCCUCCUAUCCCCCAACGUCGCCGUACACCGACCAGCCAUCUCUGUUGGCCACGCGGGAGCGUCUUGGCCCUUCAUAUGGCCAGCCGCCGCCGCCGCAAACACCACCGGCAGCGUGCGGCUCCCUUAGCCCCGGCCACGGGCACGCUCAUGGCCACGGGCACGCUCACGGCGUCUACGCGCCCGUCUACGACAGUAGGCGGGCGUGGCGGCCGCAGCUGUACCAGAGGGAGGAUGGCCGGAGCAACUCACUGCCACCCGAGGUGCUGCACUCGCCCGCCUGCCAGCCUCCUCCCACCAGGGAGCGCUAUAACUCACUGGACAGCCCUUACUGCGGCUCCAUGGAUCACAGGGCCGCACUGCACAGGACUCACCGUCCCGCUGUCUGCUCUCAGGACUCAUAUGCACGCGCACCUCUCGGCUACGAGGACAUGAUCCACCGUAAACAGGAACAGUGGGCGCAUCACCAUAACAACGUCAGCCGGCCCUCCCAGUCCUCACCUGUCUUUGCUGUUGAUUUUUGUGCUGAGCAGCAGCAGCAUGCUGAUAGUGUGGGCGGUGCGUGUGUGAGCUGUAAGUUGCGUGCGGAGGAGAGUCUGGCCCACUACUCGCCCUGGUCGUGUGGCUCCAUCAGCCCCUUCGACUCCGAGCCCUAUGCCAGCUCCAUGUACAACUCCUGCUCGCAACACAUGCAGGAUGUAGAGAGUGGCACCGGCAAGCGCUGGCUGCACAUGUUUGAGCCGUACCGCCGACUGAAGGAGGAGGACCCCAUCAUCCCGUUCGGGGAAGGACCCAUCAUCUCCAAGUGGGGGGCCAUCUCCCGCGCCUCCCGGACCGGCUACCACACCACUGACCCAGUCCAAGCCACUGCCUCGCAGGGCAGUGUCAACACCACGCCUGUCAACUUUAGAGAUUACAGUCCCCACAUUGGACAUGGAGAUUACAGAUGGGGUCCGCGAGGUUCUGACUCGUCCAGCCACUCCAGCUUCUUGGAGAGUGACCAGUUGGGCGUGGCAGAGCUGCAAGCACGCCGGCCCUCUCUGAUUGGUGGAGAGAAGCUGGGGAUGGAUCUCCUUCAUGCAGAAACGAGUCCGUACUGUGCAGAGAGUGAACCAGACCGGGACAUCGAGUUGGAACUGUCUGCCUUGGACUUGGAGGACAACGAGCCACACCAGAACCCCAUGCAGGACCACAGACAUGUGUUGCUGGGCAGAUUUAAACUCAUCUGUCUAAAGCACACUGCCUGUUCCUCUCGGCAGGAGCCCCUGGAGGUGAGAGUACCCCCCCAGAGCUCUCAUCUGCCCCCCCCCAGCACUGAGCCCCAGCCCCAGAAGCUCUCUCCCGAUGGGAUGGACCAUCACCUGCUCAAGAAGAUGGCCUUCAGGAAGGCUUUGUCUCCGGGAGGCCUUGGCUCUGGGAGGCUGGGCAUAGGGAAGCUGAUGAUGAAGACGGGCCCACCAUCACGCUCCGAUAGCCCCCACUCCUCCACCACCGGGCCUGAGGUGCUGCUGAACGGCAGCUGAGACUCAAGACUGGUCUUCCACCUGCAGGGGGCAAUGCAGGCUGGCGACAUCUCUUUCCCCAAUGCUGCAGGAAGUGCUGACACCUGUGGGUUGAUAACCCCAUGUUGGGGCGGGGUUGGGCAAGACAAGACGACUACAAAUGGCAACACGGCACCACAGUAACGUUCCCCCUACAACAAAAAACAACAAAUCAUCUGAGCCAGCAGUGAGCUGCAGUUUCGCCAUGUCGCCAUGAUCGAUUUGCUUUCUCUUCACUUCAUCCUCGCCACUGUGCCACUUGAGCCUGUUUUUUUUGUUUUGUUUUUUGUUUUCCAGAACCGUAGUCUCCUCUCACGCUCGGUAGUUUACAGGGGUGUGUUGGCGUCGUCGGCAGGAUGCUCUCACACCCCCAUUGGUUGUCAUUGUAUCCAAUCAGAAAUUCCCAAAGGUUGCUCUCAGGCCUAGUGAAGAGAGCUUGACCUUUCUCAGCAACGUUGAGCUAUUGUCGGAUGUUUAGCAGGGAAAUCGAGAUCUCCAAUCUCACAGGGGCGAGCGCAGCUCUUGCAAUGUCAUUUCAGAAUUACAUGCCACGGCUAAUCUAACUUGGGGCAAAUGAGCACAAACUGAAAGUUGUGGCACCCAAGCCGGUAAUAUGUGGAUGCACAGAAAGCUCAUCCUCACCUGUCUCGGUAUGAUUAUACAGCAGCCUAAUCUCACUUAUAGCCUCCCCACAGACUACAUAUACAGAAAUGUUUGUUUUCCACUGUAAAAGCUGAGUAAGCCACAGCACUGAGAAGGCCGUUUGCUUAUUACUGUCUAUCAUUUAGCUUAUGCUGCUAAAAUAUUUGUCACCGGAAUGAACCUGCAUGCAAGUAGUUUGCCACAUGGAAGGAUUGCACUUAUUUGAUAAUGGUUAGCUUUUUAUUUAUUCCUGUUUUUUCCACCUGUGAGGUUACCCAUCAUUUGCUUGGUGUGUGUGUGUGUGUGUGUGUGUGUGUGUGUGUACGUGUUUUGUUGUAAGUUGGGUGCUGAGCAUUGCUCUAGAAAUGCCACUUAAGCCAAACUGUUUUUGAUAUUUUGAGAUGCCACUCAUUGGUUCAGUGGUAUGGUUUACUAGCUUGACACUGACUGAAAGGAAAAACAUUUACAUUAUUCAAAUCGCACAGUGAAUUGAAGUCUCAAUUAAUUGUGGAUUUCAUCAUUAGGAUCAUAGGCUACAAGUUAUGGGAAUUGAUGUAAAAUAAGUGUCAAACUGAUCUUAAUAUGGUAAAUGCAUUAUUGUUUACCUUAUGUCACAGCCUGCAUUACGGAGAUGCAAUGCCAUGUGACCUGACUGUGUGGCAGUGUGUAUGUGGUCAGUGUGUAUGAUGAGCUGUAAGUGUGUAUGAGAUGGAUCUGUCAUGCUCUGCGUUGUCCCAUGAGGUCACAGUGGGAAGCGUCAUGUUUACAGACAAAGGUUGAAGGUCAAAUGAAUCUGUUUUUCUUUGUCUUUGUUUUCAGUUUUGUGGAUGUGUUUUUGUUUUGGUUGUGUUAUGUUUCCUUUUCUCAAGGAGUGUUAGACCUAAUCAGCAAAGAAAGUAUGACAUUCGACAGGGGCUUACGCUGCAUCUAAAAGGUCCUUCCAGAAGAGUUACAGGAUCUCCUGGAUGGCUUUUACUUUGAUUUUAUUACAAAAAGAAGAAAAAACAUCACUAACUUCCGUGAAGUUGUUUGUCAAAAUAUUUUGUAUCAGGAUCUCUUUCUCUCUUUUAGUUUUGGUCAUCAUUUCACAAAUUAGAAAAAUAAUAUAUAUUGCAAUCAGUCAAUCAAUCGGUCUUUCUGGUGUUGCACCCCUGUUUGGUAAAAUGGGACAUUUCUGUCACACAAAAUGCCUGAUGAAUGGUCUUUCUUGUAGUGAACCCUGUAUUGACGAGGGAGUUGGUUUUUGUCUGGUGCACUGAAUGCUCAAUUUUGCCGUCUCGUCCGAGAAGGUGAUCAGAUUUGGCAGGGUGAAGCUAUGUGUUAUAUACAGUGCUUGGGGGGGGGGGGCUCCUAUUUAUAAUAGGGUUUAUUUUUUUAAUGUCUGGAUGGAGGCAUUCGCGACUAGUGGUAUAAACAACUUGACCAAGGCUUUGUCACCUCUUGGGAGUUUUUGUGGUUAGAUUGUUGGUAGAUUGUGGAAGUAUGCACUUUCUGUUUAGUCACAUUUUAUUUGUCUUCACCUGACAGGAUUCAGCCUGCUUCAAACGUAACCUCGGCUUGGUAGGAAUAUUUAUUACUUAACAUAUCCAGUCUGCUGUGGGACAUCUUUUGUACAAUCAAUAUUUAUUAAGUGAGUGAUGGAAGACAUGUAUCAAGACUGUUAAACAGGACUGUUUAUUGGCAAAGAUCUGGUUAUGCGAUAGUGUAUUGCGAUACAUUGGUGAUAUGAUUCAGUGUAUUUUUUUUAAUUUUUUUUUUUUUAAAUCCAAAGGCAGUCAUAGUAAAUCACAAAUCACCAAAAUGCAUGAAAUCUGAGUUGACUUUUUUUUUUUUUUGGUGCAAUUAGAACAUUAGGAGCUGCAUUUGGAUUUAUUUCCGGUUGCGUAACCUCUAACAUGGCACUAUUUUUGUGUAAUCUAAAGAAAUUAAUUUAAUUAUUUAUAUUUUAAAAUCUAUACUGUUAGAAUCAAUACAGUUAGAAUCAAUACAGUAUCACAAAGCAUAAUUUUGUGACUCAAAUAGUUUUUUUUUUACACCCCUAUCAUUAGAUACUAAGUAUAAUCUACACAAUCCAGUACAAUACAUUUUACUAUCAUACUAUCAUUUCUCGAAGAGGUUAACUGGGGGCAAAGACGUAUCAGGGAUUGCUUUGUAAAAAGUCAGCCUUCAUUGUUUUGGUCAAGUUGGUCUCCAUUUUAGGUCAGUCUGCCUCCUGUAGUUCAGAUUAUCCAACAGGUGGCGCUAGAGCCCAGACAUAAUAUGUACUGACUUUGUUCAAUACAGUGACAGGGCUAAAAUAAGCAAAGAAACAUCCUAAUAUUUGCUAUUGUUACUAUUAUUAUUACUUAUGAUACACUUAAAGAAGAAUUGUUUCCUUCUUGCUUCUGUGGCUUAAUGAUAUUUGGUUGUAUCUUUUUGUGUUCGGACACCAGUAUUUGUUAAGUCCUGGGAACAGGGUUUUGGUUUGACGAGGAGAUGAAAUGGCACAUGGAAAGAACUUCAGUUGUUUCUUAUGGUGCCUGUCAUGUACCGCUAUGCUGGACUUCACCACAAUGCCUGAGAUGAUUCCCUCUACUGACCCCCCCCCCCCCCACACACACACACACCACCCUAUCCAUUCUCCCAUCUGACCUCCUCCGCUCCAUUUAAUAACACUUCAUACCCAAGCAUUGCAUUGUGUGAGUCCCCCAGCUCUGUCUUGGCUAGUCCUUCAGUACCAUGCCCCAGGUCAUGCAUGCCGUCUAUGUAGUUUUGGAAAAGGAGUCCAUGAUUCUGUAGUUGUGAUACAACACUCUGACGCAUUUCUCGUCGCAUUUCUUCACGUGCCCACUGUGUGGCCACAAGUACUGUGGCUUGCCUGCAGCACUUAAUUGUCAGCUUUCAAAUUAUUAUUAUUAUUAUUAUUAUUAUUAUUAUUAUUAUUUGCGUAGUAGUAGUAUUUUCCCUGAAAAGAACUAAUUUCUCUUCGUUUGCAUUUUAUUUCCUCAACUGUAACUGUUUGGCAAGCAUAAAGGUAUGGGUAAAAAUAACUUGUUUGUCAAUUGAUAAUGGAGAUGUUUACCUAUUUUUACGUCUGUAUUAGACAUUUUCUUUGCAAAUCUAUUGUUCGAUUGAAUUGUAAAUGAAAUAAGGAGAUGGUACACAUCCGUCAUUUUAUACAGCCAACACCAUCGUUAGAUGGACUUACUGCACAUUUAUAUGGUAUAUAAUCAACUAUAUUUAAAUAUAUAGACAGUAACAGAGAUUCUUUAAAGUGGAAACUCUUUUAAAGGAAAUGUCUGCAGGAGUAAUUUAUAUUGCAUUUUGUUUCUUUUGAAAUGCCACUUUUUGAAAGGUUUCCCUUUUGCUUAAGGUAAUGCAAGGCAAGUUUUAGCCUGAUUAUUAUUAUGAUUAUUAUUGUUUUGUUCUGAAUGGAGUUGUUUUUUGAGUGUUUUAUUUGUUCUAUCUGUUCUUGCACUGGCUUGUUCUAAGGCCUGUUCUCACAUGUGGGACAGUGUGAUGUCAAGAAAGGGAGGGUGGAGAAAUGUAAUUGCAUGCUAAAAUAUUCAAUAAAAACUCACCAAAUUGAA